GACAGCCUAAACAUGCCUUAUAUUUGAUCUCAAAGAACAACUGUGCACUCUUCAGCCUAUUGUAUUCAUAUCCUGUGAACAGCAGACCAGCAUAGUACACACUAGUGCCUCCUGGUGGCACAUUUAAUGCAUGCAGACAGAGAAACCGGGCUAUGCUGGCCCUGGGUGUGUGACUCCGUGGGAUGCAUCUGCAGUUGUUUGCACCUCUACAGAAGCAGCUUCCUUUAUGAAAAGCAGAGGACUAGAGGCCUUCUCAUGUUGAAUGGUCAAGUCUAAGUCUGAUGAACAGAACUUGCACUAAGUCCAGAGGCGUUAGUGGUGAUUGCUUCAGUCUUUGAAGACGCACACCCUCCUUUUGUGGUUAUGUGUUCUGAUUUCCAUAUGUUGGGGCAUGGCCGUCAAUGUGUAUUCCACGUCUGUGACAAGUGAGAACCUGAGUCGUCAUGACAUGCUAGCAUGGGUCAAUGACUCUCUGCAGCUCAACUACACCAAGAUUGAGCAGCUUUGCUCAGGGGCUGCCUAUUGCCAGUUCAUGGACAUGCUAUUCCCUGGCUGCAUUCACUUGAGGAAGGUGAAGUUUCAGGCCAAAUUGGAGCAUGAAUAUAUACACAACUUCAAGGUGUUGCAGGCUGCAUUCAAGAAGAUGGGUGUGGACAAGAUCAUCCCAGUGGAGAGGUUGGUGAAGGGAAAGUUCCAAGAUAACUUUGAAUUCAUUCAGUGGUUUAAGAAAUUCUUUGAUGCCAACUACGAUGGAAAGGAGUAUAAUCCGUUAUUGGCGAGACAAGGCCAGGAAGUGGCACCCCCUCCAAACCCAGGUGAUCAGAUCUUCAACAAACACAAGAAACCCAUUGGCACUGCAGUUCCACAGAGAACCUCCCCAACAGGCCCCAAGAACUUGCAGAAUCCAGCCCGAAUGAACGUCGCUCCCAGCAAUAUUGUACGGAAAAAUCCUCCUUUGGCCCGGAAUGGGGGCAGUGAAGCUGAUGCCCAGAUCCUGGAGCUUAACCAACAGUUGAUGGAUUUGAAACUGACAGUGGAUGGGCUGGAGAAAGAGCGUGACUUCUACUUCAGCAAACUGCGGGACAUCGAGCUGAUCUGCCAGGAGCAUGAGAGUGAGAACAGCCCCAUCAUUUCAGGCAUCAUAAGCAUCUUGUAUGCUACAGAGGAAGGCUUUGCCCCUCCAGAGGAUGAUGAACUGGACGAGCAACAUCCGGAAGAUCAGGAUGAAUAUUAGCUGUGCGAAAGCGCACGUAAUUGCUCGCUGUCUGGCCAUGACAGAUCACCCCAUGCUCCUCACUUACCAUGGACAUUUAAGGUUUUGCAUUGUACAGCCUCGUCCUCCACAGUCACACAUUAUAACAGGUUUCUACCAACACAAGAGGCCCACAGUGGUUUCUGUAGGUUGUGCAGAUCCCACAGGAAGCCCAGAGCUACAUGGUAAAAAUAGGCAUCAGUAGACGGGCAAGAUCAGCACUGUAAAUACCUUGUAGCGGGGCAGGAUUCCUGGUUUGGUGGCCUGGCUCCUUCCCCUCCUUCUCCUGGCCCAUCCCAUCUUUCCCUAUUUAUUGAUUUCAGUUGUCUUGGGUGUGAGUGCUGCAAUCCCUUGUAUUAUAUUGAGAGACAAAUUCUUUGUAUAUUUUUCCUUACUGGAUUUCACUAGCACUUUGCCUGUCAUAUUCAUGCCGAGCCAAGCUCUGGCACCCCUCCUGGCUUCAGAAAAUUUGGGAGCAUGUGAGCCUGAAGGCCAAGCUCAGCACUGGAAGCUCGCUCAGUGGGUGGGUGCAGGGGGAGGGGGAAGAGACUGGAUUGGAAUAUUUAUUUGGGGGUGGGUGGGGAUUUUAAUAAUGCUGCUGAGAAUAUGAGAUUUCCAGCCAUUCUACCUGAUAUAUCAGGUAGACUCAAGGAGAAGAGAAUUUACUAAAUGGUGGCUUAUUUUGUUUGGGGUUUCAUGGGAGAUAAUCUUGGAACAUGGCAGCCCUGCUGUUUGGAAGAGAAGCAUGAAGGGAAGCGCCCCAAUAAUGUUCUGUUUUCCAUAAACACCACUGGUUGCAGUUGGGACCUGCCAUUGGGAAGGGCUCAGGCCUUUGCUGUCCACCUGUGGUUCUGACCUUACCAAGGCUUAGUUCAUGCUGUUUGGACAAGUUUGCCACACAGACUCUGCCUUGACCCACUCCCUGUUUGCAUUGCCUGUUCAAUCAGACACUGGUGUGCAAAGCCUGCAUCUGUGUUGCAUUUUAUUUAAAAUAAAUUUGUGUGGUUAAAAUCUG